GCAUGUUCUCUUCUAUUUUCAUUGGAAUUAUUUUAAUUCUACAUGUCAACCAUGGUUUUCUAUUGGAAAAUGUAAAGACUGUCCAUAUAUAUGUCAGUCCAAAUGGUUCAGACAACAAUACAGGAACUGACUUGGGAAAUCCAGUAAAGACAAUAGAAAAAGCUCUUUUGAAAAGUGACGAGCCAGGCAGGCGAGAUAAAGACAUUUUUAUCGAACUGACAACUGGAUAUUAUGAGCUAGAGUCAACAUUACGAGUUCAUAACAUAAGACCAAGGAAGCUAACUAUCAGGGCAUAUCAAGGUCAGGAAGUCCAUGUGAUUGGAGGAAAAAGAAUAAAGUCUUCUGCAUUUAAAAGUGUGAUCGAUGCAGGUUCUCGACAACGGUUACCGUCGAUUGCAAGGAACAAAGUUCUUCAAGUUCGACUGUCUGAUGUUGGAAUUACAGAUCUUGGAACUCUUCAAACAUUUGGAUUUCAUUCUAAGCACCUUGCACCUUUAGAAAUUUUUGAGAAUGAAAAACCGUUAACGUUGGCUAGAUAUCCAAAUAAGGACUAUAUCAAUAUUAAUCAAAAUUACAGUGAUGGCAGAUCGUUCACUUACCUGUCUGACAGACCAAAACAAUGGCAUAAUGAACACGAUGUCUGGGCACAUGGAUUCUGGAUGUGGAGUUGGGCAGACCUUGCCAUCAAAAUACAACAUCUUGAUCCUGGGAACAAAAAUAUUACAUUGGCUAGCAAAACAAAAUUUGGCCUACGACCAGGUCACUAUAAUGCGGUCAAUCCAACAGCUGUCAGAUUUAAUCGUCAAGGCGGUUAUUUCCGGUUUGUCAAUGUUAUGUCUGAACUCGACGAACCGGGUGAAUAUUUCGUUGAUCGUGAAAAUGGUGUUUUAUAUGUAUGGCCAAGUAAAGAUGCACCUUACACAGAAAAAGACCAAAUACAUGCUUCGAUAGUUCCGACAUGCAUUGAUAUAAUAUGGAGUUCUUCGAAUAUUGUACUAGAAGGUUUUGUAGUUGAAGCCUGUCGACAAAAUGGUUUACAUGCAAACAAGGUACAAAACCUCACAAUAACACGUAUGAAGAUUCAAAAUACAGGAUCAGAUAGUAUAUCCUGUAAAGGAAACAACAUUAAAGUCAACUUAUGUGAUAUUCGAAAUGGUGAUGGUGGAAUAAGUAUUUCUGGUGGUGACCAGACUACACUUACGCCAUCUGGAAACGAAGUAUCGGAUAAUAUCAUAUCUUACUUUGGUAGAGUGGAAUAUGUAGGGAGUGACGGUAUAAGUGUUGAUGGAGUUGGUAUACACGUGCAUCACAAUACUUUGUUCAAAGGAUCAUACAAAGGAAUUGACAUUAGAGGAAAUGAUCACAUAUUCGAGUACAACCAUAUAUCUAAAAUGUGCUUAAAAGCAAGUGAUUGUGGAGCUAUUCAGUCUGGACGCCAUUUUUCAUGGAGAGGUAAUGUUAUAAGAUACAAUCAUAUCCAAGAUACACGACGACUGGUUCCUGGUGCCGACGUCAGAGGUAUAAUGCUGGACGACCAACUUUCAGGUGUACUGAUAGAACACAACGUUUUUAAUCAUAACGACGUUCAUGUAAACAUCGGAGGUGGUAGGGACAACAUUGUACAUCAAAAUAUAUUUUACAAUACAACACAGUAUUCUAUGCAGUUAGAUGCAAGAGGAGCGAAUGGGAAAUGGCAUACAUCGGAUAUGUUAAGAUAUUUAAAUAAAAUACCUUACACUAAUAGUCUAUGGAGCAAAAGGUAUCCAAAGUUAGCAUCUAUAAUGUCCGAACAUAACCCAGGAAAUCCCGUUGGAAACCAAGUUACAGAAAACAUAUUUUUGGCAGUUGGUUACCCACACUUUCAAACAUAUGGUAAAAAAUUCCAAAGUGACUGGUUCAACGUUUCGAACAAUAUCUAUAUUUCUGAUGUGGGAAGUUUUUCUGCUCCUCGAUAUGGUAAUUUCAAACCAGGGUGUCUUUUAAAAGAUUUUGUCAAUCAGACAAAUUUCCAGGAUCCAGUUCUUCCUAAUCAAGUCGGGCCUCGGAACAAAGUCGGUCCAAUUCAUAUACUAGAGACUAUACAACCAGACACUGGAUAUCUGAGCGGUAAUCCUCCCUCAACUUCAAACUGCGUAGUGAAACCUCCUGCAAAACAACCAACUCCAGUAUAUCUGCCAGAUGGAUCCAUGCCAAAUACUCUGUAUAAAGUUCCUGAAAGUAAAGGUUGUUGGUUUUCCUUUGACAAAUGUCCAAAUCAUCAAGAGCUCGAAAAAAGUAAACGACCCACUUCCAAUCAGUUUUAUCGAAACACACAAGCUGAACAAAAUGAUCACUCAGGAACAAAUGAGACAGUGUGUCUCAACAAAGUAUCAGAAAUGGUUAACAAAUGUGGAAGUGGCUCAUCCUUUGCAGUUAUAUAUGGUCCCACAGGUGCCAUGACACUUGGAGGGGGAGGAUGCUAUUUUGCGAGAUAUCAUUGUCCUAGGACAGGAUGGAAUGCAACAGGAUUUUUCGAGGACAAGUAUGCUGAUCAAAAAUUAAAUGGUGCUCAUGACGAAUCAGUAUGUUUAUCACGAGCAAAUGCGCAAUGGAAAUGGUGCGGUAGUAGUCAGCUAUACCCUUUGGUCAGCAUAUUUAAGCCAACAGGUCAUUUCAGAGCUGCGGGAGCUGGAUGUUGGAUUAAACAUGAAAAAUGCCCAGCAGAUGCUACUUUAAAGCACAUGUUCUAUGAUGGUUUUGGUGCGACGAACCUUCAAACAGAUGAUAACAUGGAUAGUUGUUUGUCUCGAGCAGAAUACUUCUGGCAUCAUUGCGGGAAUCAUCCAGAAUACAAAGUAACGGCAUACUUCCGACCUAGAAGUGUUUCUGCAACUUACCCCUUUUAAAAUAAAUUUGAGCUAUUUCAA